AUGGAGCUCAAGAUCCUGAGCGCCACCUCGCCCGACCUCUUCCUCCAGCCCAGACCGCGCUCCUCGCCAUCCCAGGACGACCACGAGCGCGAUCCCUCGGCCUACCUCCAGGUCAUCAUCCAGCUCAGCAUACCAAAGGACUCGACACCCCCCGCAAAGCUCCUCUCGCUCAACGUCUCGCUCGUCGGAUACGAGAGCAUCGGCUUCCCGCGCGGCGGUUUCGAGCAGAACCAGCCCUACUGCAGCAAGGUCGCCAUCCCCGAGGCCGCCGACCUCAGGCUCGAACCCGGCUCCCUCUACCAGUUCGAGACCACCUUCGCCGUCGACCACAACACCGCUCCCUACCAGCGCGGAAAGUAUGGCAGGCACCACCAAAAGGUCCACGUAAAGGCCACCUUUCCGGGCCUCUUUGGCAAAAAGACGCUCGACGCCGAGCGCAACUUCUUCUUCAUUCAGACCGUCAUGCAGUCCGGAUCCCUCCCCUACUACUACGUCCACCGCAGCGCCGCAGACGCCCUCGGCCCCAUCUUCUUUGGCGUCCGCACACAGCACCUCACCGUCGGCGGCUACCUUCGCAUCACCUUCAGCCUCGCCUCGGCCAGCCCGACGGUGCGCCUGCACAGCCUCAAGCUCGCCCUGCUCCAGCAGACGACGCUCAAGUCGCGCGUCAGGCGCAACUACGCCGAGCAGCCUCCGCUCGAGCGCUUCCCCUUUUUCGAGGCUGGCGACGAGGAGCUGGGCGCCUGCAUCACCGCGCCCACCGCGGACGGCUCACCCGACGGCCAGGACGCCACCCUGCGCGAGGGCAACUGGAUCGCCAGGCUGCCGUCCGACUCCGAGGCGCGGGCGUCGUCGCUGCCCGGCGGCGACGUGGCAAUCCACAUGGCCCACGCCCUCGAGCUCGUCAUCCAGUACUCGGAUCCGACGGUGCACGACGGCGAGGUGCAGACCUACCGCGCCUCGUGGGGCCUCAUCCUGCCCUCGUGCGCGUGCCGGUGGCAGUCGAUGCGGCUGCCCUCGUACACGACCCACGACUCGAACCCGGUGCCCAAGACGUCGCGCGACUUUUGGACGGGCCGCAACGAGCACGAGUCGCACAGCCAGUGCGUCUGCGGCGAGACGCUCGAGACGCUGCUCCAGUUUGAGGAGGAGGCGAAAAAGGCAAAGGAGCCCGAGGCCGAGAGCGAAAUCUGGAGGCAGAUGCUCGACAUGCGCCUCCAGCAGCGCCUGGCCAUGGCCGCCAGGGGGAGAAACGGCGGCCGGAGCGUCAGCAACUCUCCCGCCGUGUCGCGGGACAUUUCGCGGCGCAACUCGCACGAGGACGUGCGGCCGUCGUCGUCGUCGUCGUCGCAGCCGGGCACACCGUCGGGUGGCGCUGCUGGCACUGCUGGCGGGGAGCAGCGCGGACGGACGGGCAGCCGGCUGGUGGACCAGGUGCGGCUGGGCCUGCUCGACGACGAGGACGAGCUCGAGUUUGAGCUGCAGGCGCGCGAGCUGCUCGAGGGCCUCGAGGGACAGCAGUGGCAGCGCGAGUGGGACCGUCUGCAGGAGCAGAGGCAGCGCCGGGCAAAGGCGCGCAACGAGUACAUCAACCUCGCAAACGCCCGCGCCGCCCAGGACGCCGCCGGCAGCGGCCCCGCGUCGAGCGAUGGCGGGGGCGUGGGUGGGGGCGGCGCAUCGGCGGCGACAGCGACGACGGCUCCAUCCGACCCGUCGGCGGCUGGUUCCACGACCGCGACGGCGAUACAGCAGCAGCAGCAGCCGCAGCAGCAUCAACAAGCGCAAAAGAGCACCGGUACCACCUCGUCGCCCGCCCUACGCUUCUUUCAGAUGCGCAGCGGAUCCAGCCACAGCAACUCUUCGCGGUAG